GUAAAACUACAUCACAAACAGGAAGUCAGCAGUCAGCGGAUGCACAGUGCUGCCGGGGAGCUUUCGGGGGUCGGAGCCGAGGAGCCAGGGUCUUGGCUCGGUCUCUUUUCUUCAUCUUUCUCACACUAUAGUCAGCAUCCAGUGAUAUUUUUAUCCAAUUUAGCCUUGAUAAGGACUGACUUGAAGACCACUUGCAGGACCCUCGGUUCUCUCUCACUCCUCUACAAUCUUCUCCCCGCCCUGGAGCUGCUCCUGUCACAGACCCUGGACUCCAUCCUGAGACCAUGUACAGCUUGAGCCAUUUGUCUGUCCCAGCGAGAUCACAGCCAGCCGUGAGGGGCUAUCUGGUCUUCGUCUUCAUGAGUGCCGCUGGUGUCGCACUAGAACAAUCUGACACGAAGAUGAAAGUAUCAGAGGAGAAAUCCCUGAAGCCCAUUCCUUACCUGGCCUACUUGCAGGCCAGUCCAGAACCUUGUAUGGGGUCGCUCAUUCGCCCAGAGUGGAUCUUGACAGCUGCUCACUGUUCUUUACCUAAGGAAAUUCGACUGGGAGUUAACCAGCCUAGCGUCAAAAACAAGAAAGAGCAGCUGCGGAAUUACUCAUUGACUGUGACACACCCUGAUUUUGAUAAAAAGACCCUGAAAAAUGACCUCAUGCUGAUAAAACUCUCCAGGGAUGCUGGUGUCAACGAACACUAUGUGGGAACUAUAGCCCUAGCCGUGGAACCUGUAUCCUUCAAUGACUCUUGCUUUAUUCCAACCUGGACCUGGAAGGACUAUAAAAAUCACACUGACCCUGAUAUCCUGACAUGGACAAACCAACAUGCUCUUCCCUUCCGUGACUGCCUGGAUAUACUUAUGAAACAAGAACAAAGAACCUCAGUGAACAUCAUGUGUGUAGGACAAUCUCGAAUUGUCCUAUCUAAAAUGAAGGAAGUUUCAGCGACUCCAGCCAUCUGCAGUGGGAGAGUGCACGGAAUCUUGGCCUGGACCAAUGGAGCUGUCACCCUGGGAAGUGAAGGAUUCUUCACAGAGGUUCAUCCUUAUGCAAGAUGGAUUAUGGAAAUCAUGAACACCCACUGAGACGCCCCCCAAUAUAAUAUCUGCAUAAUUUCUAUGCUGGAUCCACACUUCUCUUCGUCUUAUUAUUCCUGAGCAAAAUCCAAAGUGAAA